AAAACUUUCAAAACGUCUUCGAAAACCUCAAUAAACGUUAUAAAUUGAAUUAAAAUUUAUUCGCUUAAAGGAUAUGAUAAAAUACAAUAUAAAGGAUUAAGUGGUAGUGUCUUACAAAAAUUAGAUAAAACGAAUCCUUACAAAAUUUCAUAAUGGAUCGUGAGGAUUCGUCCAUAUCCAAAUCCUCGAUGGAUCAACCUAUGGCUGAGGGUCUGGAGCCAUCGAGGCCAGUUAGUUUUUGGAGUUUAUUUCGUUUCUCAACACCGCUCGAAGUGUUUCUUCUGUUUAUUGGUUUUAUAAUGUCGGCCAUUAAGGCCUUAACACUACCGGCCGUGGUCAUUAUUUAUAGUGAAUUUACUGCCAUGUUGGUCGAUCGUACCUAUCGUAAUGGUACGAGUUCGGAGACGUAUGCUUUGCCAUUGUUUGGAGGUGGUAAGACACUAUCCUACGAAUCGGAGGAGGUCAACAAUGCAGAACUCUACAAUGAUUCAAUAUCGUAUGGCAUCUUACUUACAAUAGCAUCGGUCGUUAUGUUUAUAUCGGGCAUAUUCUCCGUUGAUAUCUUUAAUUUGGUAGCUUUGAGACAGGUAACACGCAUGCGCAUCAAUCUAUUCCAAUCAGUGAUGAGGCAAGAUAUUGGUUGGCAUGAUUUGGCAACCAAGCAAAACUUUGCCCAAAAUAUGACAGAUGAUGUGGAAAAGAUACGUGAUGGCAUAUCGGAAAAAGUGGGUCAUUUUAUAUAUCUAGUAAUAGGUUUCCUUAUAACAGUAGCCAUUUCAUUUGCCUAUGGCUGGAAAUUGACAUUGGCCGUUAGUGUUUAUAUACCCAUAGUAAUUGUGCUUAAUAUAGUGGUGGCCAAGUUUCAAAGUAAACUUACAACUAAAGAACAAGAGUCUUAUGGUAAUGCCGGCAAUUUGGUGGAGGAAGUCUUAAAUGCUUUGCGUACUGUGGUAUCAUUUGGUGGUGAGCAAAAGGAAUCGGAACGUUAUGAUAACUAUUUGGUGCCGGCACGCAAAGCCAGUCAACGUAAAGGAGCAUUUUCCGGUUUAAGUGAUGGUGUAUUGAAGAGUAUGCUGUUUCUUUCCUGUGCUGGAGCAUUUUGGUAUGGUGUCAAUUUGAUUAUUAAUGAUCGUGAUAAGGAGGAGAAAGAAUAUACACCAGCUAUAUUGAUGAUUGCCUUCUUUGGCAUUAUAAUUGGUGCUGAUAAUAUAGCCAGAACUUCACCAUUUCUGGAAUCAUUUGCCAUGGCUCGUGGUUGUGCCACCACAAUUUUCAAAGUUAUUGACUCGCAAUCUAAAAUUGAUCCCAUGUCCACGGAUGGCAAAAUUUUAAAUUAUGGCCUACGAGGAGAUGUUGAAUUUGCCGAUGUAUUCUUUAGAUAUCCUUCACGUCCCGACAUUAUUGUACAUAGAGGUUUAAAUAUUAAAAUCAGGUCUGGAACCACAGUGGCUUUGGUGGGUUCUUCGGGUUGUGGCAAAUCUACCUGUAUACAAUUGUUGCAGCGUUUUUAUGAUCCCGUAUUUGGUUCAGUGUUGCUGGAUGAUUUGGAUAUACGCAAGUACAAUAUACAAUGGUUGCGCUCCAAUAUGGCGAUAGUGGGUCAAGAGCCGGUGUUAUUCUUGGGAACAAUAGCUGAAAACAUUAGCUAUGGCAAACCCAAAGCCACACAAAAGGAAAUUGAAGCUGCCGCCAAAUCGGCCGGUGCUCAUGAAUUUAUCUCAAAUAUGCCAAAUAGCUACAAAACCACCAUUGGUGAACGAGGCUCUCAAUUGUCCGGAGGACAAAAACAAAGAAUUGCCAUUGCUCGUGCUUUAAUACAAAAUCCCAAAAUCUUACUGCUUGAUGAAGCCACCUCAGCUUUGGAUUAUCAAUCGGAGAAAUUGGUGCAAGAGGCUUUAGAUUUUGCCUCUAAAGGCAGAACAACUAUAGUAGUGUCGCAUAGACUUUCGGCCAUAAGAGGAGCUGACAAGAUAGUUUUUAUACACGAAGGCAAGGUAUUGGAAGAGGGUUCCCAUGACGAUCUUAUGGCUUUGGAAGGAGCCUACUACAAUAUGGUCAAGGCGGGAGAGAUAAAUGUGCCAGAACCUGAAAAUAUGGAAGAUAUUGAAGAAGCUAAAAGAAACAGUUUAGCUAUUUAUGAAAAAUCCUUUGAAACUAAUCCCAUUAACUUGGAGAAGAAUCAAAAGAAUAGCAUACAUUUGGAUGAAAGCGAAAUAAUAAUGAAACUCCAGGUACCUCAAGAAUCAGCCAACAAGUCCGAAAUCAAACCAAAUUUCUUUAGAACAUUUGGUCGCAUUUUAAAACUUGCCCGUCCAGAGUCUUGUUUUAUUGUUAUGGGAGCUAUUUGUGCCAUAGGUUUUGGUUUUACCUAUCCAGCCUUUUCUGUUGCCUUUGGAGAGUUCUAUGCCGCUUUGGCAGAAAGUGAAGCUCAAACUGCCAUAGAUCGUACUGCAGUUCUUUCAAUUUGUUGUUUGGUAUUGGGUGUUUUAACCGGUUUGGCAUGUUUCCUGCAAACAUAUCUCUUCAACUAUGCUGGCGUAUGGUUAACCACCAGAGUAAGAUCCCUGACAUUUAAGGCAAUUAUGAGACAAGAAAUUGGCUGGUUUGAUGAGGACAUAAAUUCUGUGGGUGCUUUAUCAGCCCGUUUGUCCGGGGAUGCUGCUGGGGUUCAGGGAGCCAUUGGUUAUCCUUUGAGUGGGCUUAUACAGGCAUUUUCGAAUUUUGUAAUAGGUCUAACAUUGUCGUUCUACUAUUCCUGGAAAUUGGCUUUAUUGUGCAUGAGUACUUGCCCCAUUAUUGUUGGCUCAGUGAUCUUUGAAGCCAAAUUUAUGACCACAUCUAUGAUGCGUGAAAAAGUGGUAUUGGAAGAGGCUUGUCGUAUAGCCACCGAGGCUAUAGCUAAUGUUCGUACCAUAGCGGGACUGAGAAGAGAACAGCAAGUUAUUGAUAAAUAUAAUAAGGAGAUACACAAAGUAGAAGUUUUAAUAAGACAAAAACUUAAAUAUCGUGGCUUAAUUAAUUCCUCUGGUCAAGCUUUUCUAUUUUUUGCCUAUGCAGUAGCCCUAUGUUAUGGUGGAGUCUUGGUUUCAGAAGGCAAAGUACCUUUCCAGGAUAUUAUUAAGGUUUCGGAAGUCUUACUAUAUGGUUCUAUGAUGUUGGCUCAAUCAUUGGCUUUUGCUCCUGCCUUUACAGCCGCCUUAGUGGCCGGCCAUAGAUUAUUCCAAAUUUUAGAUCGCCAACCCAAAAUCACCAAUUCAGCUUUACCAGCCAAAAACACUUUCGCCAAACAAUUAAAUCUUUUUGAAGGAGUACGCUUCAAUGAUAUUGAAUUCCGUUAUCCCACAAGGCCAGAUGUUAAGAUUUUAAAUGGUUUAAAUUUGGAAGUAUUACAUGGUAAGACGGUGGCAUUGGUAGGACAUUCCGGCUGUGGUAAAUCUACUUGCAUACAAUUGCUGCAACGUUAUUAUGAUCCGGAUAAUGGCACCAUACACAUUAACAAUGACGAUGUCAAAACCGAUUUAACUUUGGAUACUCUGCGUAGUAAACUGGGCAUAGUAUCACAAGAACCCUCACUGUUCGAGCGUACCAUAGCCGAAAACAUAGCCUAUGGCGAUAAUUCACGUGAUGUUAGUAUGGCAGAAAUUAUUUCGGCCGCCAAAAGUGCCAAUGCUCACUCCUUCAUUAUGGGUCUUCCCAAUGGCUAUGACACAAAAAUGGGUGCUCGUGGCACUCAACUAUCGGGUGGCCAAAAACAACGUAUUGCUAUAGCUCGUGCCUUGGUCCGUAACCCCAAAGUUUUGCUACUGGAUGAGGCCACCUCAGCUUUAGAUUUACAAAGUGAACAAUUGGUACAACAGGCAUUGGAUGUGGCCUGUUCGGGUCGUACUUGUAUUGUUAUAGCUCAUCGUUUAUCGACCGUACAAAAUGCCGAUUUAAUAUGUGUUGUACAAAAUGGUCGCAUUGUGGAGCAGGGUGCCCAUCAUCAGUUGAUGGCUAAGGAUGGCAUAUAUGCCAAAUUACACAAGACUCAAAAAGAUCAUUAAAUGUAGUGAAGCAGUAGUAGCAGCAGCAGCCAUUUAGAGUAAUUAAUAAGAAUUUUAAUUGUAUUAUUUUUUAACAAACCAAAAGACUAUAUAAUAAGAAAAGUGCACAUUAAGUUUUGCAAAUAAAACAUUAAGAAACCGAAAGAAGAAUAUUUCAAUUAAUAAAUUUAAGAUGUGUUUAA